UCCGAAGAAUUCUUUCAAACUCAGGAUGAACAAUACGAUCUGUAAUUACUUCAUUCGUUAUUAUUAUUAAAUUUCUUCCUCAAAAUCUCUUUCUCUGCGUAAUCCAACGUUAAAUUAUUUAUAAACGUUGUACGUUUAGAUCCGCAACACAGAUAGACGAGCCACAAGUGUUCUCACAAAUCCAGGACGAGCCGUACGAUCCUUACGCCCAUCGAAAGCCAGCCAAACCAGUCUCCAACUUCAAAUCUCUGGCGACUUUGAUCAAAAGCGUGAUCGGGACCGGAUUGUUCGCGAUGCCGAACGCGUUCGCGAGUGUCGGUUUGGUGAUCGGAGUGGCCGGCACGAUUCUGAUUGGAUUGCUGAUCACGGGAUGCCUCCACAUUUUGCUCAAGAUCCAUCGCAAGAUGUGCAUCCGUUUGAGGAGGCCGAUUUUGAACUACGACGAGGUGGUGGUCGCCACGUUGACCACAGGCAACAAAAAGCCUUGGCUGUCCUCCCGUAUUGCGACAUGUCUGGUGGACAGCUCGAUAAUAAUGUGUUACAUAGGUGUGGGCGCCGUGUACGUGGUAUUCAUAUCCGGGAUCGUGCAAGAAUUCUACGAUUUCGAGGGGAUAGAUCACAAAUACAUAGUGUUGAUUCUGUUCCCAUUCUUCUUCGUGAUGAACAUGAUGAAAUACUUAAACGACAUAGCGAUCAUCUCAAUUAUCGGAAACUUGUUCCUGUUCGUCGCGGCUGUGAUAGCCGUUGUAUACGCGUUGAAGGACGGGAUUGGCGGUGAAUGGGUUAUAAUCAACCAGAACGUCGGCCUUUAUCCAAAAUUCGUCGGAACCGUGUUCUUCAGCAUAAGCUCCCCUGGAAUAAUGCUGGAAGUGGAGCACGACAUGAAGAAACCGUGGAAUUACACGAAAUUCACCGGGGUGUUGAACCACGGUAUGAUGCACAUUACCCUUUUCCACACUUUCGUCGGUGUGAUCGGCUAUUUGAAAUUUGGCCCCGACUCUAACGGCAAUUUCAUUCGAAACUUCACCACCAACGAUCCAGCGACGAUACUGGCGCUGGUGAUGCAAGCCCUCUCCAUAUAUUUCACGUACGGGCUGCAAUGUUACAUGCCGAUAAUCAUUUUAUUGGAUCAGUACAUCAUGCCAGGAGACGAGGAUAACCAGCCCCGUGGUAAAAUUUACAUCUUCUGGAACGUGAUGAUUCGUUUGAUCGUCACUUUCAUCACGUGUAUUUUGGCGGCGAUAAUUCCUAAAUUGGAUUUAUUCAUGGCUGUGGUCGGGGCACUUGGCACGUCGACUUUAUCGAUCAUCAUCCCAGCCUUUCUCUACAUUCUGGUGCAUCACAACAAUUACGGCACGCUGAAAUGGAAGCUGAUUUUCGGCUUGUCCUUGCUGAUCGCUGUCUGCUUCAUCACGUCCUACGUGAUCGUAGUCAAUCUAACCUUGAUCAUCGAGUUUUUCAAAAACAGGUAGAAACCAGGAGACGUUCCUCUCGUCGAUCUGAAAGUUAGCCGCGGCAAUCUUUUAAAACUUUCCAGAGAAGAGAAGAAAAAGGAAAAAAAAAAGAAAUGAAAGAAAGGAAGAAGAUGCACAAGGAGGAGGGAAGGAGAUGGGACACAAUAGGAGGGAGGGCCCCGUAUAAUCGCGUCAGAUCAUCCAGCCGUCAAUGGCUUAUCAGAUACGCAUGAAGGACGAGGACACGCGUGCAAAGGCAUUCGAAUGCAGGGACGCGUGUCACCGUGCACGCGUACGAAUGCCUGAGUUAACGUGAGUGAGUGGGAGAGUCCCUUCGGAGAGGGCAAAAGCGGAGAGAGAGAGAGGAACCCCUUUUGGCGGCUCCCUCUUACCACCCUCUCGUUUCCUCUUCUCCCUCUCCCUCUCUCUCUCUCUCCGAGUUGUGGAACUCUUCGUCUCUUUGUCUCUUGUGUUCUUCGGCUCGAGUUCGCUCUUACGGACCGACUCUGGCUGGUCGUUCAUCCGUUUGCCAAUUCAAGGUGG